UGAAAGAUUUAUGAAAAUAUUGGACAUAAAAAAAAAAGUUGCUCAGAAAUGGACACGAUCAUAAAAAUAACAGCUAACCUGUUGUAAAGGACUCAAAGAUGCUAUUAAUCUGCAUAUGCACUGAAGCUAAAAUGUCUUUGUUUAAUUUGUUAUCUAAAUACUUUUGAAAAUGGAUCUCCUUAGAACUUCAUUCACCUUUCAAAAUGGGAUGUAGACUCUGACAACAUUUUGGCAUUUCUAAAAAUAUGAUCUUUGAUCACAUUUUAGAAAUAUUAUCAUCGAAGAGACUGCUAACAGUGAUUGCUUUAUUUGGAGAGCAUGUGCUUGGGCAAACAAGGGUUCUCUUUUAGAAAAGAAUGAAAAUAGGAAUUGUGACUCUAGAAGAGCUGUGAAAGGAAGUUUCCAAACCCACCAGAUAAGUACUUUAAAACCAGCAAGAGUAAAGAAUAAAAUAUGUUCACUGCUCAGAGUUAUUUAGAAAUAUAAAUUAAUCAUGACUUGAUGAGAAAAAUAGCACUAUUUUAACUUUUUUUAUGUGUGAAUGUACAACCCAUUUUCUCAAGAGCCAGUAAAAACGGAACGAGUAACCUCAAAACUGAUCUGACCACAAAAGCAGGAGCUGAUUCCUGCUCUUUCUGUGUGCUGCAUUGUUUGCUUUGCAAUGUGAGAACUGCCUCAGCAGACACAGUCAAAAAUAUGAUUCUUGAGUGCCCGCUGUUACCCUGCAGUAAGUGAUAGGUAACCUGCUCCUUCAUGGGAGGACACUUCUACUGCAGGUUUUGAGAGUAUACAUAGAGCUUUACAAGAGAAUACAUAGUACCUACAAACUUGCAUCCUUGCUUAUCUUGCAGUAACAUGUUCUAAUUCCCAAAAGUUCAGUUUGCAAUGGGCAAAAUGUAAACUGAAUUAGUGAUACCUGAAGGAAACUCCAAGACACUGAAACUUCAUCUCUUGAACAGCUUAGAGAAACUGACAUUUGGUGUUUUCAUCUCUGACCUCAUUUGGGUUUAGUCUCUUUUUUUGCCCUUCAGGAAGAAAAGUAAGCUGCCACAGUCUUGCAGAAUUUCAGAGCUAAUGUUGUGAGAUUGCUUCAGGUGCAUGGCUGAGGCAAAAGCAAAUUCUCAUCAUCCUUUUGCCAUGGAACAAGCAGUCUUUGAGGAGCAGCUUGCCCUGCAGAUGGUCAGGAAGUGUGGUGGAGUGCAAUGGGUGUCACAGCACAACUCAGAUCCUGCUGAAACUGGAGACGAAGGCUUCUGCUGUUAUCAGCUUGCUUGAGUGAGGCCCUUUCCAGGAAGCAUCAGCCACUACUGGACCAAUCCAAAAUAUUUAUAGAAACAUGAAGCAGUUGUUGUUCCUCUGCCUUUUAGUUGUUGGGAUUCAUUCCAACAGUUAUCCCUAUGAGCCUUAUCACCAAGUAGUAAGAAACCAAAAUCAAAGAGGCAAAGAAAACCGAAACAUGCCACAGCAGGCUGUAGGGAACCAAGUUUGUCAGUUUGCAUGUUGUUUCUACAAAGAGAUUUCUUCUCGUGAAAACAGUGGGAAUAUUUUCUUCUCUCCUUUGAGCAUCUCUACUGCCUUUGCAAUGCUGACUCUUGGUGCCAGGUCUGAUACUUUGGCACAGAUUCUUAGGGUCCUUCACUUUAAUCCACGUGAGAUUUCUGAAAUUGAAAUCCAUGAAGGUUAUCGUCAACUCAUACAAAUGGUAAACAGAAAGAACGAGGGUUUACAGCUAAAUAUGGGAAAUGUCCUGUUUGUACUUGAUCGACUGAAACCACAACAAAGAUUUCUGAAUAACCUCAGAGAAUUCUAUGAAGGUGAAAUUUAUCCUAUGAACUUCAAGAGGUCUGAUCAAGCCCAGGAAAAGAUCAAUGAUUACGUAGCAGAAAGAACCAAUGGGAAAAUCAAGGACCUCAUAAAUAAUCUUGAUCCACUUACUGAACUUCUUCUCAUUAGUUAUAUUUAUUUUAACGCUGAAUGGGAAAAACCUUUCAAUCCACAAUACACUAAAAAGGAGAAAUUCUUUGUGGAUGGGAACAAGGCUGUUGAAGUCCCGAUGAUGUUUGGAAUUGGAGCGUUCAAACAUGGCUAUGAUGAACAACUGUCUUCCACUGUGGUACAAAUGGAUUACAAAGGAGGUGCUUCAGCAUUUUUUGUUCUGCCUGAUCAAGGAAGAAUGAGGAAGCUGGAAAAAAAAAUGUCUUGUGAACGUAUGGCAAGAUGGAGAACAUUAGUCUCAAAAAGCAACUCAGUAAAUUUCUAUCUUCCAAAAUUCACUCUUCAUGGGAGAUACAACCUAAAAAACAUCUUAUAUAAAAUGGGCAUAAUGGAUCUAUUCACUGAUAAGGCUGACCUAUCUGGUAUCACUGGACAACCCCAGCACAGAAUUUCCCAGGCUAUUCAUCAGGCUGUGGUAAAGGUGGAUGAGACUGGCACUGAAGCAGCAGCUGCUACAGGCAUGGAAAUAGUGCCUAUGUCCGUUCCAGUUGUCAUUAAAGUGAACAGACCCUUCUUAUUGAUCAUAACUUUAGAGGAGAACAUACUGUUCAUGGGAAAGAUUGUGAACCCUCUGGAAAAAGAUUAAGCUAAUAUACACAUUAGGUAUGCAGUUAGCACCACUGUUAAAUCCAGCGUUUCGCCUGAUGAGCAUGGCAUGGCUACAGAGGGCUCUCCACCUCUUAAACUAUGUUAUUCACUGUUUUUUGUAGUUGAGACACUUCAUCAAUUUAAGUUGUCAAAGUUGCAUAUUUGUUUGGACUUUUUUUUUUUUUUUUUUUUUUUUUUUUAAAGAAGAAGAGGGUUGCAUCCAGGCAAAAUUAUCAUUAGAUCUGGAACAGAAUAGGCCCAUGUGAUAGUGACAGCACAGAUACAUUUUCAAGCAGGGAAGAUGAGGAGCAUUUGAGCAUGUGGGUGGAGAGGAUUGUGCAACCCUGCUCCUUCCCUCAUAGUUGUGGCUGCCUUUUUACUUUUUUUUUUUUUUUUGCAUUGAUUGAUAAGUGGGUGUAAGUUAUGGCAUUUAACUACUGUGCCCAUUUUCCCACCAAAUCUAGGAUAGAUUUUAACAUACGUGCUUACUACCUUGCAUAGUACCAUUUUCCAGUGAGUCUUGCUUCCUUGCAUUUUGGCUGUUGUGGAAACUAGGCUGCUACAAAGCUAUCAUAAGAAAGAUGUGUUUUUCCGUUGCAGAUAUAUACUAGUCUGUCCACAGUUUCUGUAAGACUUCUCAAUCCAUGCUCAUUCCAGGGCGAAUAUAUCAGAAUUGGGUCUAAGAAAGGAAAAUGUAGAUCAGAUCUCUGCAGUUCAUCUCCCUGGAGCAAACUUUUGUGAACCAGAUGUACAGCUUAGAGCAUCUACAGGAUUUCUUCCAGCCUGUUCCUGAACCCAAAUCAGCUUCUAGAGGAAACACUAGCCAUCUCCCCAAGGUGCCAGUGCCCAUAGCAAUACCAUUUGUCUCUGGGAGAUCACCCAUGGUAGUAAGCACCAUUGCAGUAUUGUUUGUAGGAUAGAGCACCCUACCGGUAACACCUUAUACCCCACUGGUGACUUAUACUGUGUCUUUUGACAUGAACCCUUCUGUUCCCAGACUGUCCAGUAACACGAUAUUGGUACUCUAUUUCUCAUCUCCUUCAUGGUUAGUAUAGCAGCAAUAUUAUAGGUUAUGUUUUCACUAUUAAAAUACAGAAUACCAAAAGUCACAUUCAUAAUGUACAUGCUUAUUUAUUUUUUCUUAACUUUACUUUUCUGUCUAUUUUUACUUCUUUCUGAUCAUCAUAGAACAUCUAUCAGUGUUUUAUUUCUGUGCCCAUGUUCAUGAUAUAUAUCUGAUCUCUGGUUGCAGGAGGGGUAAAUUAUUGAGUAAAAUGGGUUAGUGUGUUAAUGGGUGUUAAGCAUUAACAACAGUCUUUGUAUGGUCUUGAACUACACAGAAAAAUGUACUACAGUAGAACAACAAUGAAUAAAUAUGACGUUAAAAGUU